AUGUCUACAAAAACUCAAAAGAAAAAUAUUUCAGAAAGCUCAAAUACCAGUAAAAACAACCAUAUCAGUAACAAUACCAAUGAUAAUCACGACUGGCAACAAGUUAAAAAUAGAAAAGGCAGACAAAAAGUAAAUAAAGAUGGUGAAAACAAACAAGCUGAAGACUUAACAAUUGAAAAGGACAGAGAAUUCAUCAUCUCAUAUGAAGACAUUAAUGAAUAUCAACACAGAUGGUAUAAAGCCUUGGGAAUGAAGAAUGUAGAUAAAAUUCUUGAAAACUGGAACAUUCUUAUUGGAGAUGACUUAUUAAGAGUUAUACCGCUUGAUUUUACAACUGAAAAACUUAAAUCACAUAGUCAAUUUACUGCUAAAAUAAUUGGUCCGCCAAUUAUAGGACAAAAACAUAUAGACAUAAGGGAGAGGCAAUCUUCUUCUUUAUCUUCCAAGAAGCAAGAGACACAACUCUUAACAAAACUUAAA